GUCCAACUGCUCGAUUGUUUCAGCUUCGACCCAUUCCACGGAAAUCAGAUCGUUCUGCGCUGGAAACCGGUGUACGGUGUUGCCGUGAACGUGAAUUUGGGCUCCAGCAGCGGAAGAAAGCAUUUUUCCUAGCCAAACUCUUCACCUUUCCAGCGUCGUGUAUCUUACCGUGCCCGCGCGUGUGUGUGUGUGUGUAUCGGCGUGUGUUUGACGAAAGAAAAGAAGCGCGAACGUCUGGCCGCGAGCUAUUGCAGCCGUGCCGCACAGCACAGCGACCAACACCCGAGCGAAAUUGGAAGCCGGAAAACGGAAGUCCGUCGCCUGAAGAACGGUACGCGCUGUCGCUGGCGGACCGUAACGGUAUGGGAGAUUUGCUCGCGCUGUUAUAUGAAAUAAAACACAACAGCAACAGUAUGGAUUUUUGCGAAGAUUUCCACCAGCUGCAGAUCAUUCUGAAUGGCGUCAAUCAAUACAUUCACCCGUUCGAUAAGAUCGUCUUUGACAGUGGAAAUGGACCGUACAUCAUCGAGGUGGUGGCCCGGCUGCUCAAGUAUCUGCGCGUCCAGAACUAUCUGAACGCGCAGAACAAAGUAAACAAGCAAUACGAACCGCAGCUGCGGCGGAUCACGAUGUACCUGAUGCUAAACACGGACGUUAGCUUCCGGUACGAUCUGAUGCAGGACUCGCGUGUUAACCAUCUGCUCAACAGUAUGCCCCAGCUGACCAAGUGCCUGCUGAUGAACUGUAUCUGGGGUCUCGAUCUGGACCGGUUCUUCUACGAGAUGCUGCGUUACGCACCGCUCUGGUUCUCGAUGCAGUUCGUCGACCAGGCCAUCACCAGCCUCAAGUACGGCAAGCCGCACGAGGUGCUUACCCGUAUCGAGUCGAUGGUGUGCGCGAUCUACUUUGCCAUGUGCCGUACCGAUGUCGACUGGCAGAAGGAGAAGCGCAGCGAGUACGUUAAUCACCAGCGUACGCUGAACCGGCUGUGCGAUUACGUCGGGGAAAUGUUGCGCUUCGUCAACACGCCGGAAGCGUCCAAGUUUGAGGGUUGGACGAAGCUGCGCAAACACCGGUACUUCGGGUACGUGCUGAAGCACAUGUUCAGCAUGACGAUGACCUGUCUCGAUCUGUACUUCCGCAAACCGGCCAUCCCGGUCGAUCCGGCCAUGGCCGUGUACCAGCUGAUGGACGACGUGCACGUACACAAGCCGGCCCCGGUCGAGUACACGCAGGCGAUGCUCGGUUGGCUGCUCAAGAUCAACCAUUUCAUGCUGAACACGCUCGAGAUUUGCAUCAUGCACGUGUCGCUCGAAUGUUUCUGCUACUGGGCCGAGAUCAAUCUGCACGUGGAGGGCCAGGAAACGGUCACCCUGCAGCAGGUGAUCGGCGAAUCGGCGUACCGGCUGUGCGAGGAGCUAAACUCGCACAAACACUUUCGCCACAGCAUCGUGCGCCAUCUGACGCAGUUCGCGCUGCGGCCGAAAACGCUCGCGCAGCGGGCCGCGUUGCUGAAUCUGGGCGCGCUGAUGAAUCGCAUCGACCAGGUCGAAUCGUCCGACGAGCGGGCGGUGUAUCUGAGCGAGUUCGUGCACCGUGGCGAGCAGGUGUUCGAUAACGCGGAAUGUCUCGGGACGCUCGACGAACACUGGCAGCUGCUAACGGAGGAUCAUCUCCGGGCAAUGAUUGCGUACGACAAGGCUAACCCCGCCAUGGAUGAUUCUUCGGAUGAGGAUUGCGAACCGUCGGACGAGCGUGUACUGCUGCGGGAGUUGGUCAUGCGGGCGGUCGGUGCACUACCGGCAGCCGACUUUAACCAGCUGCUUAACCACGCCAUCAACACCCACGGUCCAGCGUUCACCUGGGAUGGGAAGCAGGAGUUGGUACCGGCCGUCAUACAGCUCGUUAACCGGCUGCAGAAACACAACCCGGACGAUGGCCGCCGACCAUCACCGAACGAUGCGUCACAGAACAUGCAGCAGCUAAUCUUCCAGUCGCCGGAGCUGUUUUUCAACACGCUCGUCAAAUCGCUCCACUCGCUUGCCUCGAACAGCAACCACGAGCAGCUAGUCGACGCGAUUGUCGACCUCCUUGCCCGGUACCGGACGGUCGCCAAGUGCUAUCUGCGCACCCAUCUCGAGCGGCUGCUGGUGACACGGUUCGAUGUGUGCCAAUCGCCCGCCCUGCUACGGUUCGCCCAGCGUCUGUACGAAACGAACCUGUACCUGCCGCACGAAUUCAUCGGACAGUUUCUGCUCGACGGGCUGGGCAAUGCGUGCGAGCAGCUGCAUCUGCCGGCCCUGUACGCUCUGCUCGAGCUGAUGGGACGCGUGUGGCCAGCCUGCUGCACGCAACCAACACCCAAAGAACAGGAAGCAUCCGACGAGAAGCGGCACGAUAUGCUGCGGGGGGUAGUCAAACAGCUCGCGCUCAUCUCCGAUCGGCUGCGGUACCGAUAUCCACCGACGCACGUGCCCGUCAGUCAGAGUGAGGGUCAACCGGACCGAAUGAUGCUGGUGUGGAUGGCCGUCAAGCAGAUGCUACCGACGCUCGAUCAACUCGUCCGAGAGCUGCCGGAGAAAGUUUGGAAGGAUUUUCUGCGCGAAGUUUCACAAAUGACCCAUACCUUCACGUGCAAAUACUUCCUCGAUCGUUUGGAGUGCGACACAAAGAUGCCGAUCCCCUUUCUAACGACAGAAUACCUGUCGUGCCUUGCAAAACCACCAUCCCUAGCGACGGCCGAUGCAGGCGAAACGCAGGAAGCGAACGUCACCUACCUGCUGCAACUCUUUACCCAGUGCGCACGGGAAGAAAUUACCCAACUGGCCCGCAUCGAAACGUUCGGCUCGUGCAUGCUGUCGGUGAAUGCUGCCAAGCUGGCGGAACGCUUUACGCAGCACGCACCAACCGAUUGGGUGGUGCACUGUGUCACCAACUACGUGGCGUGUCUGGCGGACGUCGUGCUGCCGGCCAAAACCGAACCGGGCUAUGGGUCGCGGAUGUGUGGCGUUGCAGUCGAUACGGUGCUGGUGCUGGUGGCAGGCUUGAGUCCGGAAUGUGUCGCACUCCACACCGAGAUGGCUUCGCUGUACGAGCACGUGAAGCGUGCCGCACCGAUGGUGGACGUAUCGCAACUAAUGGCGUUCGUAAUGGGGCAAACGAUAGAGCGACGUCGCAAAUCUGAGACGCCCGAAGAGAUGGAUUUGUCCGAUGUCGCGGAUCCGGUGGUCGAGUCGGCCAAGUAGUUUGGAAGCGGAUUCAAGGAACGGGAUGCUUCUAAUGGCGGCAUCCGUUUGUUUUUACAUUAUUACACACACACACCCACACUCCUUGCAAUUUGAAAACACAUUUUGAAACUAUUGCUAAAUUUCGCUUUUGGUUCCCCCCCCACUAUUGCUGCUGCUACUUACACUAUUCCGAGUGUACUUGGUCGUCUCACUCACUACGGUAAAGGGCAGCGUUUUAAGGUGCGGGUUUAAAUAUCGCACCUGUACCACUAGAGAAGAAACCGAAUCGUGGGGAUUUCAAAUGCGCGCGGAAAAUUGCGGGAAAAUCUCGUCCCUCGUCCCAUGAAUUUCUCCCAAACACGCACACCGCCUGGGUGGAAAAAGAAACAUUGUAAUAAACCAUCUGAACAACUGAA